CCCCGGAAGCCCCUCACGACUCCCAAGACUGCCUGCUAGCGAAUGCAGAAUAUCAGGAAGUCAAACAUGUAAACCGUUCCAGCGAAGCAAGGGACCAAGAACCGAGACCCAGCCUUGACAUACCGUGGGAAUCCCUCCCAACACCCACGAAUAACCACCAGUAUAUCAAACGUGAUAAGCAACCUACAGCAGAACACUCACACGAGACAGAACGCCCUCUGAACAAGCUUCCGACAUUUUGGCAGCAAUACUCAAGAAAGCCUGAUAUACACUACCAAAACCACUCGGAUAAACAACAAAACAAGAAAGAAACCUGCACCGCCAAAGCCUUCCCCAGCGACCUGCCCUCCCAGACACAAACAAACUACAUGGAACACUCAUCAGAUACGCCCAGACAAGAAGAAUACCAAUUAGGUAGAACAAACCGAACAAAGGUUAAAUACCGACACGCGACUGACCCCCUCACAGGGCCCAUCGAUAAUCAAUCGAAAGAAGGAGCACUACCACUACAUUACAAUAGAAUAUGGCACCCUCCAAAACUCGUUGAGAGCCAAUGCAAAUCUACGCCGCGGACACUACACCUGGGACGAAGCACAGCUCUUAUACAAACAAAAAUGACACCCGCAAGCUUUGCUAGUGCCUCACUUAACAAUACUCGCUGCUAUGGCCAAAGCCUAUGCCUGCGGUCCCUACACUCGGCGUCCGCCCAGCGGAUCGCCAGCGCAAGCCAACACUGCGAACCAUUUAGCGCCUACAAGACCUCAAACACCUCACAACGCCUAUCCGCGCUUCCAAUGCAAUCAAUAGGGACGCAUGGCAUCACGCAAGCGAGCUGCGCCGCGCCACCCGACACGCCGGGCAAGCAGCACCCCCUGCGUGUCGCCUUCGACGUGCUGCAGCUCGAGGCAUGGUACAGGCUGGCCAGUGCGCGCGCGCCCUGCAUCACCACAAAGGCUGGGCCCGCCGUGGCCGCGGCAAUGGACACCGAUGACGAGGAGGGAGCCGCCUAAAUCUACCUAGCGACACCUGCGACGCCAUACGCACGGGACCUGGACCCCUCCGGCUGGGCUCACCCAAAGGAGGACUGCACACUCGCGUGGAUGGCGCCGGGAAGCUGGGCCAGCAAAACACCGGACAAGAUGGAGGAUGCUAUGGGCCCUAGGAUAGCAGCGAGCAAUAUAGGUGAGGACAUAAGUAGUGGGAGCUAUGCGCACGCGGAGAGUAGCAAGACCGCCGACGCAGCGGUCACCUAUGGUAAAGUGGCAAGAGACGAAGAACUCAACGCGGGGAACGACGGACCCCCGGAGCGAGACAACGCGGCGCACGCCGAACAAGCAAACUGCAACACAUUU